AUGUACAGUCGGCAUCAACACAAGCGAUCAAGAUCUCCUGACCAAAAAAUAAAGCUUCACGUCUCAAAUUUGCCAGUCGAAUUCCCCAGAGGCCAGCUCAUCACACUUUUUUCCAAUUACGGUCAUGUUGGUAAUGUGCGAAUAAUACGAAAUGGUCCCAAGGGUUUUCCCCUCAAGCACAACUGCUACGCUUUUGUCGAAAUGGAGACUCUUACAGAAGCUCAAAAAGCUGUUGAAGAUCUAAACACAAGAGGCUGGGAUGUUUCUUUAAGUAAAGAUUCAAAAUUCGAAUUGGCUCAUCCAGCAGAAAUAAUUUGGCCAGGCUUCUUGACUCGCUGCAAUAGUUUUAGGGUUUCAGUUAAUGCCAAAAUUGUGAAGGGAAAUGCUUAUGGAUUCUUUAAAAGACAGUACACAAUUGAUAUAAGCCAUAGAGCGAGGGUAUCUGAUAUGCCUAAUUCUCCUCCAAAAUUACUGAUUACAUUAGAAGCAGCCAAAGAAGAUGAUAAGCCUAUAUUUAUGGAGCAUAUUCAUUAUUUUCAGAGAAAAGAGAGAAUUGGAAUCGCUUCUAUAGAGGGAGAAACUUUAUUCAUAAUUCCUCCAGGAGAAAAGGCUGAAGGAAUUUAUGAGAAAAUGAGGCUUGACCAAAUGAUAGGACAGAUGUGGGGAGACAAAGAAAAAGGGAUUCAGCAGAGAGGAAUACAAGAUGCUAAUGAACUGUUUAGGCCUGAAAAUACUUUUGUGAUAGCGCCAGCUCCUUAA